CCGCUCGUCGGUCUCCUCGAGUGCUACGAAAGCGAUCGUUCAUCCACAUUUGGGUCGUUUUGCCUUAUUUGUGCGGGGCCAGUGCCGCCGAAUUGAAAGCUAAGCAGACCGGGAGGGAGCGUUACCGGCCUCCGCGACGUGACCUUGCUCGUACACCAAAUUGCGACUCGGCAUAUCGAUUCGCGCGGAUGUCGUGUUUUUAAAUGACGUCAACUGCGUUAGGAGCGACAACACGGGAUGAGCUGACCUCGGCCACGUUUGUCGUCGUGUUGCGCUUCCUGGCGAGCCUCCGCUGAGAACGGCGCAGCGCCCGCCCGCCCCGCCCCGCCCACCGCUGCUCUCCCGCCUCCACCGAGUACGGCAUCAAGCAUGUAUUGUCUGCAGUGGCUGCUGCCGGUGCUGCUGAUCCCCAAGCCGCUCAACCCGGCGCUGUGGUUCAACCACUCCAUGUUCAUGGGCUUCUACCUGCUCAGCUUCCUGCUGGAGAGGAAGCCGUGCACCAUCUGUGCCUUGGUCUUCCUCGCCGCCCUCUUCCUCAUCUGCUACAGCUGCUGGGGAAACUGCUUCCUCUAUCACUGCCAGGACGCGGCCCUGCCACACGCAGCCCACGACCCGGCCAUCGUGGGCACCUAGAGGCCCGCCGCCGCCAUGCUGGAUACAAUAACCAACUUUGUUGGAAAGACUUGAUGAAAGACUUGAAAAACGGAAAAAGUGGCGGACAUUUUGUUUGUUCUUGCCGCGUGUGUGUGUGUGUGUGUUUACUCAGAAUCUGACACACCGGACAAUCAACGUUGCCGACCACUCCUUUUCCUCUGACUUCACACACGCAACCGCACACAUGAAUCCAUGGUCUUUGAUAUGAUUCAGUAUUUUCAGCACAUGCAAAAGA